UUGCUUACCUUGUUUGAAAUGGCAACUUUGCGGCAGAAAUGGGCUAUCCAUAGAACAUAUCGUCGAAUACAAAAUUGUUGGCAAGAAUAUAUAGCAGUUUCUGAUAAGGAUGACGUCCAAUUAAUGGUUCAAAAACUUGAGGAUUUUUUAGAUACUUUUCAGAAUGCGUACAAAGAAUGGAGUGCAUGUGGAAUAACUUCGGAUGUUGCUUUAGAUAAGCUGUAUGGAGAUUGUACUGAAGUUUUGGUAAAUUUAUUAAAUACGAUCGAUAGAGAGGUUACAAAGAAAAAACCUGACAUUGAAUUAGAUCGAGUUGCAGAUUUAAUUAACAAAGGAUUAAAUGUUUCAGAAUUAAUAUUAAAGGAUGAGAAAUAUCAGCAAGUGGUAGCAAAUACGCCCAAUCUUAUAUGUAGAAUUUUAUUAUUGUUAGAAAAAUUAAACACUACUGAAGCAAAAAAAUUAGCAUUAAGAGUUAUCAGUACAUUGGGAGAAAGUGACUUAAAUAAGCUUGAAAUUGGGAGGCAUGAAGGUUUUAAAAAGAUAUUACAACUAUUGCUUGAUGGAGAAAUUGUGGUUGAUCAUGGAAAUAAAAACGUGAAUAAAUUUGGUAGUAGUGCUAAUGGUAAUGAAGAAGAAUCAGCAAAUGCAUUUUUUAAUAGUAUUAUCGGUAGUAAGGUUUCUACUGUCGUUUCUAAGGUUCGAGAAAUAUUGACUUCAGAGCUUGGUCAAGUAUUUCCUAAUUUCAACGUGGUGACGAAUAAUAUUUUAGAUAAUAAAGAUUUAAAUUUUACUAAUUAUAAAGACAUUGAUCAAUUAGAUAAUAUAGAUAUAGCCAAUAAUUUUGACACUAAUAAUAUUAUUUAUAGUAAUAAUAGCAGUAGCAUUGAUAAUAAUGGCGAUGAUGAUAUUAAUGGUUCUGCUGCAUCCACUCCAGAUUUAUCUCAAGACAAUCAUGAUUUAUUAUUAAUGAAAACAAGCAAUAUUAUUAAUUAUUGUAAUCAGAAUGAAUUUUCCAAAGCUUUAAAUCCAGGCAUUGUAUCUCCAGAAUCAAAAAAUACAAAUAGUAAUUCUGAUAUGCUAAAAGAAUUUAUGCGUGUUCAAGGAGCUUUGAGAUCACUUACAAAUAUCCUAUCCGAAACUACAUCUCAACCGGCCAUUACAUCUACAUUAAGAUUUGAUAUUGUAGAGACAAUAUGUAAACUUUUAUUUCUUAAUUCAACCAAUCAAGUUGAAUUUCGAAAGAUGAACGGAUAUUCUAUAUUGUUGCGUAUAUUAGACGAUGAUGAUAGUAUUUCAGGAAUUGAUAUGGUUGACAGGGGAUAUUUUCUUAAAGAUUGCUUUUCAGUUUUCUUUACACUCUCUAUUGAUGGUAACAAAGAUAUGAUUGUCAAUAAUAUUGAUGUUUUUAAACUCAUUUUUCGUGCGGCUGCGUCAUCCUCCCAACUUGAUGUAAGACAGAGUGCAAUUAAAUGUAUACAGGAUUUGAUUUCGUUAAAUUGCCUUAAUGCAUUUGUAGGAUGGAAAAUAGGCGGAGUUGAUAUUUUAAUAAAUGUGUUGGAUUCUGCUUUACAAACAUCCGGAAAUAUUGAUGAAGUUUCCCAAGCUUUAAAAUUAGGAGAAAUUUUAUUAAAAUCAUCAUCACCGCCGCCUUCUUUAUUUUCAACAAUUUCACCAAUUGCAAAAGCUGUUGAUUCAAAUCCGAUUUAUCGUUACAUAGUUUCGCUGACGCGUCUUUUAGAAUAUAUGGCAGUUAUGUUGAGUGAAAACAAUUUACUUGUUCUUAAAGAAUACACUCGAAUACUAAUGAAAAAUUCACUAUUACCGGCAAAAAACAUAAUAGUCAAUAUUAUACUGCAUAGUGUCUCACGUCUAUUUACCGAUCUACUUAGUAGAGGAAAAUUUGUAGAUAAUAAUUUUUUAGAUAAUUAUUUACAACUUUUAAGAGAACUUUACCAACAAACUCCUUCAAAUUAUGAGUCAUUAAUGACUAAAAAGAAAAAUGAUGAAUUUUUUAUUAUCAACUCACCUCUUCAUAAUACUAAUAACAAUCAUAGUUUAGAACGUGUCAUUAUAGCCGAACAAUAUUUGUUGAUAUUACAGAACAUCGGAUUGUUGGUCGAUGCUACUGGGCGAAAUAUGGAGCUUUUUGAAAGUUUACAAGGGUUUGAGACUCUUCACAAUGCAAUUGUUUUGUCAUCUGCAUGUCAACCUGGCCUGGAUGAAGAUAUCAUGGUAGCCGAUAUGGCACUUUGGUUGUUAAGAGAAUACAUUGUUUGUUGUGUAGAUUGCAUUGAGAGUGUAAAGUGGCUUAUUAGAAUAUUGAAAUACAUGAUUGUCGACAAUCAAAAUUCCGAUUUAACAUCAUUUAAUUCAACUAAAACAAAUUCCUCCUUUGAAAGUAUAUCUUCAGUGCUAAACAAGAGUGACAGGGCAAAGAAAUUAUUUGGCGAGUUUGGAGGUUUGGAGGUUUUGAUUAGUAUAAUAAAACAUUCAACCAAUUCAAAUGUCGCUUCAGCUGCUUUUCAGACAGUGGGUAAUUUUUUUUCAAGUCACGUUGAUGCUCAACUGUUACGCGCAAACUCUUUUAGUUAUGAUGGCUUUCUUGAAUUGGUACUUUCUUCUACAAUACCUAUUGAUAAAGCUUUUUGUGAGAUUUUUCUCGAAGUAGCAACUGAUGGAAGUGUACUACGACCAUUGUCACCAUCUAUAGCCAAGACUGAUAAUUUUUUAAUCAGUAGUGAUAUCAUGCCAUUUAUUACCAAUUUAUUAAAACCUGUGCCUUUGUUUACAAAUUUGUUACCUUUUACACAAAAAAGACAAAUAUCUUUUAAUAAGAAAAUGGUCUCGUGUAGAAAUCAAGGUCACAAAAGGAACAAUAGUCGUGCUACUAUCAAUAGCAUGUCUUCUUUAGUAAAUAACAGCAGUAUUUAUGAAGGAAGUACUUUGAAUGGUUCAUUUGUAUCAUUAAAUAAUACUAUAUUUAUGACUAAUGAAAAUGACUUAACGACAACAAACGAUAGUUCGCUUGCAAUUAAUAGUAGCUGUAACAAUAGUAAUAAGCCAAACGGGUUAAAUACCAACAAUUGUUCACACGAUCGUUUAGAUUCUCCUACUAUGUCUAUUCGAAGUAAUAUGCAACUUCCAAGCCCUACCUUAUCACCUGUAAGAAGAGUGAAUCAAAUAAAAUCCGAGGAAAUAAUGCUCGAAAAAAAAGAUAAGCAACCAACCACUCGUAAACGUAGUAAUUCUCGUAACCUUGGUGGGUUUAGUUUAAGUUCCAACCAAACAAUUGGUAGUGGUAGCAGCAGAAGUAGUAGCAAUGGUACUAAUGUAACCGAAGAAGUUAAAGAAAAACUUGUAAACGGGACUGAUAUUGUUUUCCGUGACAUUGAUGCCGCUUUCAUGUCUUUAAAAAUAUUGGCUCAUAUUACAGAUAAAUGUGAUGAAACUUUACAAAGAUACUAUUUUAAUCUUAUAAUGUCAUUGAUGGAAGUUAAUCCACGAAACAAGGAAUUUCUCUGUGCUAAUCAUGCAUAUGAUAUUACAAAUCAUGAUGUGACACUACUAUUUGAUGCUGCUUAUGAUCCUCUUUCAAUGCUUAAACAAUUUCUUGCGAAAGGAUUUUUUAAAAUUGAUUAUGAUCCUUUUUUUCUGCGUGAAGUACAAUCUCAAAUGAUAUACGCGAUUGAACGUAUUUCUGAAAGAAUGGAUCCAUCGUGUUAUUUCAAUUUCAACGGAUUUGAUAGCAGUUUGCAAACUAUACCAAUGGAUAAAUUUCCUAAUGUGAAAAAUGGGUAUACUUUAAGUCUUUGGGUGAAGGUUACUGCAUUUCUAGAGAAUGAAAUUGGAUUAUUGUGUUAUGAAGAUUUAACGGGUGCCAAUACAACAUUCGAACUUUAUUUCAAGAAAAUUGACCAGCCAUAUAGGUAUUGUUUAUGUGUAAAAACACAACAAUUUCCGUUACCACCCGAGGACUUUGUAUUUGAUGGAUUUUCUUUUCAGCAAACCCUCGUUUGGCAUCAUAUUGUUUUCGUGCAUUCGAAAGAUGGAACUUCUUUGAUUGUUGAUGGUUCUUCUAUGCAAUCUUAUGAUAUGUUUAAUUCUCCAAAGGCGAUGGGGAAAGAGAAAAUAGUAGCAGUCGUGGGACGUCGUGGUAAGAAAAUAGGGCUCUGGGAUGAAACAAUUGCGGAAAAGGUUUUUAAUCAAGGACCAGCAUAUUCAAAAAAUUAUCGUGUUCUAGGAAUCGAGAACAAAGAAUUUAUUUCAGUUCACCCGCAAUCUUAUUUAAGUAUUGAACAAAAAUUGAUAUUGGAGCCAGAAAAAUCAAGAAGAAAUUCGGAUUCAAUUGAUUUUACAAAAAUAACCGGAAAGUUAGAGGGCGGGUGUACAGUGCAUGUAACACGAUCUAUGCGGGACAUUAUUGAACAAUUUGGAAAAGUAGAACAAUGUUUUCGAUUUUUAGAAUUAGAUUCACGACAUCAGUUGAUUGGGCUUCGUACCAUAUCCAAUCUACUUUAUAAAAGUCCACAAAACAUGGCAAAGUUUACCGAGAACAAUGGAUUUUCAACAUUACGAAAAUUAUUGGGCAAUUCUAAUAAUAAUGAAUUGAGCAUUGAACAUUUUAAUGUGUUGAUGGACAUUGCAAGUGAUGGGAUAACAAGAAAUGAUCAAAUGGUUAUAGUUAAUACAGAAUGUUUAAGAGUGAUUGUUGAACUUUUAGGCAGCUGUUGUAAAGAGGAUGUUCAAUUGCCAGUUAUAAGAAUGUUGGUUGAUAUGCUAGUAGAGGUUCCAAAUAAUCUCAAGAUUUGGCGCACGAAUCUCGGAGUGGAAACAUUACUUGAACUGUUAGACAAUCUUUCCUGUUCUCUUGAACCUUUUAUAAUGCGAGUAAUUGAAUCAAUGAUGUCAGAAAUCACCACAGAAGAGCUAAACAAAUUAUUCAAUUAUAUUGAAUGCGGUGAUGGUAAAUGGGUAAAUUUGGAUAUUAAAUAUGACAUUGUCGAGAUAAUUUAUAAAAAUAUGACGCAUGAUAGUCAGCUUGUGGAAAGGAUACGUGUAUUGAAAGGGAUAUCACUUUUGACACCGCUUCUUGAAGCUCCAAAUGAAAAAUUCUGUAUAAUUAUAUUGAAGAUGAUUGGUAUCUUAAUGAGUUCCAAUAUUAAACAUAGCAAGGCAUUAUUAACAAGAGUUAACAAUGGUUUUGACGUUAUGUUUUCAUAUUUAGCAGGGCACGAGCUUUCUUUAGAGUUUACACAAGUUUUGAUUGGAGUGGGGACUAAUUAUUACCAAAAUGAUCCUAAAUUCAAGAAUGCUCAGUAG